CGGGGCUCUCGGUGUCCCGUCACUCGCGGGCCUCAUGGCGGCGCCCCCGCCGGUGUAUGUGUACAGCGCCGAGUACGUGGCCCUCUGCGACUCCCUCUGCAAAGUGCCCAAGCGGGCCAGUAUGGUACAUUCAUUGAUUGAAGCAUACUCGUUACUCGACCAGAUGAAGAUAGUCAAGCCAAAAGUGGCUUCCAUGGAGGAGAUGGCAAGUUUCCACACAGACGCUUACCUGCAGCACCUGCAGAAGGUCAGUGAGGAGGGAGACGAUGACCAUCCGGAGUCUGUGGAGUAUGGACUUGGUUAUGACUGUCCAGCUACAGAAGGGAUCUUUGACUAUGCAGCAGCUGUGGGAGGAGCCACCAUCACUGCAGCCCAGUGUCUGCUGGACGGCAAGUGCAAGGUAGCAAUUAACUGGCCUGGAGGGUGGCAUCAUGCAAAGAAAGACGAAGCUUCUGGCUUCUGCUACCUGAACGAUGCUGUCUUGGGAAUCCUGCGGCUGCGCCAGAAGUUUGACCGCAUCCUUUAUAUCGACUUGGAUUUGCAUCAUGGGGAUGGUGUUGAAGAUGCCUUUAGUUUCACCUCGAAAGUCAUGACUGUUUCUCUGCACAAGUUUUCACCAGGAUUUUUUCCAGGCACUGGUGACGUGACAGAUGUUGGCCUGGGGAAAGGUCGCUAUUACAGCGUGAAUGUGCCUAUUCAAGAUGGCAUUCAGGAUGAGAAAUAUUACCAGAUCUGUGAAACUGUGCUGAAGGAGGUGUAUGCUGCGUUCAAUCCAGAUGCAGUUGUGCUACAGCUUGGGGCAGAUACAAUAGCUGGAGAUCCCAUGUGCUCUUUUAACAUGACACCUGAGGGAGUGGGCAAGUGCCUGAAAUAUGUUCUGCAGUGGCAACUGGCAACACUCAUCCUGGGAGGAGGAGGCUACAACCUUGCCAACACAGCUCGUUGCUGGACAUACUUGACUGGGGUCAUCCUUGGGAGAACGCUGUCCUCUGAGAUCCCUGAUCAUGAGAACAUGACUGCAGCACUUACUGGAUGCCAGAUGAAGUGGCUGGAGUGGCUGUUCAGCACAGCCAGAAAGCUCCUAGGUGAAUGGAGUUUGCUGGAGCUGAACCAGAAAAGGGUUAUAUUUGCAACUUGCCCUGAGCUUGGGAAGCCUUGCCCAACAACCAUGAGUUUUUCACAGAGUAUGGUCCUGAUUACGUGUUGGAGAUCACACCAAGCUGCAGACCAGAUCGCAAUGAGCCACAGAGAAUUCAAGAAAUCCUCAAUUCUAUCAAAGGGAAUCUGAAGCAUGUCGUUUAGCAGCAAAGGAAAGGUCAAGCGUCUACAGGAGUGUUUCCCUUGUCGAAGACAGCGUGUUUAUGUGAGCAGGCUGGUGGAGAGUGUGGCUGCAGGGGAAGUUCGACAGAAAUUCCUUUCGAUUUGUUGGUUGAUUGAUUUGUUUCUCUUUAAAAAAGAAAAGUUGUCGAGCAUCACGGACACCAUGGCCCUCCCUGGGCAGGAGCACGUGGGCCUUGUGGCUCCAGCCUUCCCGUGCCAACAGAGCCUCACUUGCUCCCUUCUCUUUCCUUUUUUAACAACACAGAGUUUAUUCUCUCGGCUGAUUUUAAUGGUUUUUAAGAGAGGGGCUGCAAACCCCUCCACAACUGGGCACCAGCACCAGCUUUUACCAUGUUGCCUUCCUGGCAGGACCAUGGCCUUCAUGUGCAGCCUCUGAGACGCCCACCCAGGCAGAGGUGCUGAAGGCCAGCCAGGACCCAGGACACUGGCUGUGCCUGUUACCUGCAGAAAAUCACAGCCAUUGGGUUUUAUACAGUUGGGCGUUUUUAUAAAUAAAGUACUUGAAAUACC